AAUACAACUGAAUGGAGGAAGAAAAAUGAAAUGGUUACUCUUUUACCCUUUGUUGUUCGGGUGAAAUUCGUGAUCGCCUUCUUUGUUUCUUCGUUGCUUCUCUCUCUUCUCUCACUCGCUCACUUCCUCAACCUAAAACCAAAACCCUAAUCCUCUUAGAUCACAAUUACACAACACAAACCAUGGACUCUGAUUCCUCUUGGACUGCUCGUCUCUCUUCUGCCUCCAGACGCUAUCAAUCCGCUCUUCAAUCUCGAUCAGAUAUGUUUAUGGGUUUUGAUGAAAACGACGGGGAGGAAGAUAUAAGGGAAGAGUUUCUGUGCCCAUUUUGUUCCGAGUAUUUUGAUAUUGUUGGAUUGUGCUGCCACAUUGACGAAGAGCACCCAAUGGAGGCAAAAAAUGGGGUAUGUCCAGUUUGUGCAUUGAGGGUGGGGGUUGAUAUGGUUGCGCACAUAACCUUACAACAUGGAAGUAUAUUCAAGAUGCAGCGCAAGAGGAAAACUCGGAAAGGUGGAUCUUAUUCAACACUUUCUUUAUUGAGGAAGGAGCUGAGAGAAGGAAAUUUGCAAUCCCUUUUUGGCGGGUCUUCAUGUACAGUGUCUUCGUCUAAUGCAGCACCCGAUCCACUGCUGUCAUCAUUUAUAUCGCCUUUAGGUAAUGAAUCUGUUAGUCCUCAGCCUCACAGACAUACUGAGACAAGAUCAUCCAAGAAAUUGACAGAUGAGACUGUAUCGAGAAGGGCUGUAAUGCAAACAAUGUCUUGUGCCUUGCCAAGGGCAUAAUCUUCGAACAAUAUUAAACAAUGGCAUGGGUUCUAUUGUCUCCCGGUAUCUCCUGGUUUCUAACAAGUCUAUUUUCUCUGUUCAGCAACGUGGAGACACCAACAUUGUCAGUUAAGGAUAAGGAGGAGAAGGCGAGAAGAUCUGAGUUUGUUCAAGGGCUGUUGAUGUCCACCAUAUUUGAUGACGAUUUAUGAAAAGAAAUUCAUCAAGAUGGUCUGCUUCAGUGGCAGGAUAAUUCACAGACAUGCCAUCUGCAAUCUAUGGUUUGUUUAUUGAAGUUGUCUAUGUAUGUGAUCCGAGUGGAAUAAUAAAGAGUAGAAAAUUAAUGUAAUCUAUGUUGUAAUAUGAACUGUUGUUUUUAGCUCAAGAAUUUCAUCUAUCCUUAAUUUCAUAUAUCAUAAAGCUUAAAGAAAUAGAUAAAGUUCCUUUCCAGCUGCAA